CCGAGCUCCGAGGAGAACAAGAGAGGGAAGAAAAUCGGGAAAAGUGAGGAUGAAACCAUUGCCGAUAUGUACUCCUUCUGGUCAAUCUGGAAGCAGCAGAAAAGCAUGGAUAGUGCAUAGCUUGGUUGCCGGAGCUGCAAUUGCAGUGGCAAUAGGAGCCCAUGCCGUUUUUUCUGGUCGUCGAUUUGGCAAAUUUCGAAGCACGGUUAUUGGAAUAAUACCCGCCCGCUAUGCUUCCUCGAGAUUCGAAGGCAAACCCCUUGUUCAAAUCCUUGGGAAGCCUAUGAUCCAGAGAACAUGGGAGAGAGCCAAGUUGGCUACCACAUUGGACCACAUAGUUGUGGCAACGGAUGAUGAAAAGAUUGCAGAAUGCUGUCAAGCAUUUGGGGCUGAUGUAAUAAUGACAUCAACUUCUUGCCGGAAUGGCACUGAACGUUGCAAUGAAGCACUACAGAAGAUUGAGAAGAAGUAUGAUGUUGUUGUCAAUAUUCAGGGGGAUGAGCCUCUUAUUGAACCUGAAAUAAUAGAUGGGGUUGUAAAAGCUCUACAGAGAGCCCCUGAUGCGGUCUUUAGUACUGCAGUCACAUCAUUAAAACCUGAAGAUGGGACUGAUCCAAACCGGGUAAAAUGUGUGGUGGACAAUCGUGGUUAUGCAAUAUACUUUUCAAGGGGAUUGAUCCCCUAUAAUAAGUCUGGGAAAUUCAAUCCUAUGUUUCCAUAUUUACUUCAUCUUGGUAUUCAGAGCUAUGAUUCUAAAUUUUUAAGGAUAUAUCCAGAGCUUCCACCCACGCCAUUACAACUAGAAGAAGAUUUAGAGCAGCUUAAAGUCCUUGAGAAUGGGUAUAAGAUGAAGGUUAUCAAGGUGGACCAUGAUGCCCAUGGUGUGGACACCCCAGAAGAUGUUGAGAAGAUAGAAGCACUGAUGCGUGAGAGGAACUUGUCUUAGGGCCUGUUUGGAGGGCUUCAGCAUUGAUUGAGCUGUGUUGACCAAGCCACAUCAGAGAAGCUAUCAAAACUAGUUUCACUGGAAAGUCGAUUUCUCAGCUCAAAGUAAGUGCCUUUGGAAAGUCGAUUUCCCAGCUCAAAAAUGGAAACGACGACGAAUGGAAAAGAAAAAAGAAACAGAAUUUCAUGCGGCUUUCUAGCUCAAAGAGUCAAUAUGAGUGCACCCUAUUGACCACGCUUCAUUACAGUCACAUGUUUCCAAUGAUUUCUCUCCCAACACUCUUUUUGAUAGGCUUCCACUGGGUAAUAUGGGGAUGAGGCUAAGGUCCAGGAUUGGCUGGGCCAGAGGACAGGGAAAGACACGGGACACUACUGAAGGACUGAUUGCCAUUUCUCUGAGUUUUAAUCUGGGUCUUUGGGGGAGAUGUGCUCAGUGCUUACCACCUGAUUAUUUGUGCGGAAGUCAUUGACAUGUACUUUGAUGUAAAAGGAACUAAUUUGUGAAAGGAGUUAAAUCCACCCAAUAAGUUAAAAAGAAUAUACCUAUAGCCAAGUCGAGAUGGUAAAAUCAUGUAAACUCAGAUGAAAUGCCCAACUUGUGCUCAUCAAACAUGAUAUUUUUUGGUCAAGCCAUACGUUCAAGUGAAUAUUAAUUGCCAGUUAUGAACUCACGGACAUCGAAUUGUAAACCCACCGAGUCUCUAUUCUGAACCACCAUCUUUGAAUAACACUUAAGCAACUGCAAAAUAAGUGACUGCAAAAAGUGUGCAGUGUGAAACUGGUGUGCAUUGCGGAUCUAGUGAAUAGUGUGAAAAUCUCAGGGUCCGUUUGGUUUGAGGGAAUAAAAGUCUGGAAUCGAAUUCAUUCCCAUCCUCAAUGUUUGGUUAAACAGAAUUCUAGGCGGAAUGGGAUUCCCCCGUAUGGGGGAAUAGUCGUCAUCGUCGAACCGCCCUUCGACGAGGUAAGAUCGCCGCCAACCCAUUCUUCUUUGGUUCUUCCCCGCCGCCUUCCAAAUCAACCACACAUGCUUUGAUCCGGGACGGGGAAUAGUCGUCAUCGUCGAACCGCCCUUCGACGAGAUCCGAUCAGUAAAUCCAAGUUUUGCUCCUCUGUACUUGUGGAAGGAAUGGUUGCGUCAGUAAGGUGCUUUGACACUAGAGAUCUUCUAUGUCAAAAAGUUCAUCUGAUAAGAUGAUCAUAAUCACCCUGAUCUGGAAACUCCUUUGCUCUGCCCGGCAAGCUCCUAACUUCUAGCCUUUGACAACCUUUGACAGAGAAAGUUUGAUUGGCCAGUAAUCCAUGUGGGUCAACUUUGGCCUAUGAGAUCUCAGUUGAGAUGCAACCAAUAAAAAAAUCAGUCAAGAAUCAUAAAAAAUUGGCUUCUAGCUUCCCUGCACGCUUGACAUGAUCACAAGCAGGGUGCACUAUUUCUUAAGUCCUGCUCUGUUGCAACAGUCUUGUCUAUAUUGAGUGGACUCAGUUCAUUUUAUAGUAAAGCCAGUGCAUUAAGCUUCGGAUUUUUUCUUGCUAUACUUUGUAGGAGGGCUAUCUGGUCUAUGAGUGCAAUUCAAUGUGCAGCUGUGACAAAACUUGCGGGAAUAGGGCUUUGCAGAAUGGGGUGUGAGUCAAACUAGAAGUCUUUAAAACAGAGAAUAAGGGUUGGGCAGUCAGAGCUGGUGAAGCAAUCUCAUGUGUGACAUUUGUGUGUGAAUACAUUGGGGAGGUUUUAACCGAUCAGGAGGCAAAGAGGAGGAGCGAGAGGUAUGGUAAUGAAGGCUGUAGCUGUUUGUAUAGCAUCGACCCUCGUAUCAAUGAUAUCAACGGAUUGAGUGAACUUUAAUAUCAUAUUUGGAGUGUUCAUGUGGCUUGCAAAUUGAAGCUUCAAAUUCAUGGCAUAUUGAGGCCAAAUGACCAACUAUGCACUAAAGCACUGAUGAGUGAUGCUUUUAUUUGUCAAGUUGCUCGCCCAACCUUGUCAGUUACCUAGUUCUGGUGGAGAGCAUGGAUUGCCAGCUUGCACACAUUGGCCUCUAUGCCAGUAGAAAUGGGCAAAAUUGGAAAUCAUGGCUGAUUCCGAUUCGAGGCUCUUAAUGAACCAAACAGCAUAAAUCAGAAUCCGAUUCUGAUUCUGGUCUGAACCAAACAACCAAGCGAAAUAGGUCAUUCCAAUCAUGAACCAAACAGGCCCUCAGAUGUGCAUUGUGAACUACAAAUAUGGUGAAUAAUGCGAAACUCUCAUAUGUGCAUCGCAAAUCAUAUGCACACCAAGUCCAUACUUCCACUUCCACCAUAGACCACUAUGAAAUUUUGUUUCCAAAUUUUUUUCAACUUGAAUCGCAUUGGAUCAUAAGUGGGUUGCAAUUGGAAUUCAAGGCACCCAGACCACUAUUAGAAUCAUUGUGAAUAGAUGACCAAUUACAACCAAUUGAUUUAAGCAUUA